GCUCCAAAUUGAUACAAACCUGGUUGGGAAGGUUGCGGAUAGUCUCAACUUCUACAAAAACUCCUCAUAGAAGCAAUUUAUAGCAUCCAAGACCCUCUAUACACUACAAUCUGCAGCCUACGGGCACUUCGGAAAAAUUGAAGUGGAAUUGGCACAGGGAUACCUUCACCCUGGCCGGUAACAAGUGAAAAUCCAUCGUGGAGAUAAAUAUAUGAAGGAGGUCUCUUAUUUAUACAUUGGGAUUAUUGAAUCCGGUAAUGAUAGUUGAUUCCCCGGCUGCCUUAAAGCGAAGGAGGUUCAGUAUUGUCGAUCCCAUGGAAGCUGAUUCUGCUAAGGCGAAGCUUGCAGCUGCAAAGGAAAAACUUGGCCGUGAAAUCCGCAUCUUUCAAACAAUAACCGAAUCUGCAGCUUCAAGUGAUAUCUCUCAUGAUGGGCAACCUAGUGAAGAAUCGGAGGACUACUAUGAGUUUACAGCUGAUGAUUAUUUUCGUCUAGUGGCAACAAAGAAGAAAGACACAUACUUGAAGACUCGGAAAUUAAGAGAAGCAGAAGAAGCUGCACGCAGAUCAAAAUUAACCAAGGCUGUAAUCAGAGUGCGGUUUCCUGAUAAUGUCACGCUGGAGGCAUCAUUUCAUUCAUCAGAGACGAUCCAGGACUUGGUUGACCUUCUUGUGAAAGCCGUUCUUAGACCAGAUUUGCCUUUCUAUUUAUAUACUACUCCUCCCAAGAAGCAGAUAAAAGACAUGUCCCAGGAUUUUUACUCUGCCGGUUUUGUUCCUGGCGCAAUUGUGUACUUCUCAUAUAACCUACCAAAUGGUGGUGAUGAGGGUGCCCCUGGGCAGCACUACCUUCAAGAAGAGAUAAUGUCUUUGCAAAAUUUGGAAUCUUCUGCAAUAACAAAGCAGGAGGAUGAAGUGGUUCCCGAGCCGCAGCCUUCAGUAGCCAUCAACGACCCCACUCCUUCCCAAGAGAAAAAACCUGCUGAUAAAAAGAACAUAAAGCCAAAGUGGUUAAAGAUGUAAUACAGAUUUCAGCUAUCAACAACAACAGCAGCAGCAGCAACAACAUAUCUUUGCCAAUUUAAAAGCACCCAUCUCUCUCCUUGUAACUGAUGUCGGUGAAAAAAGCAACAGAUCUUUUCCAUUAGUGUGCUGGAUAGAUGGAUUGUAAUGCCCCCCCCCCCCCCAAGGCUUUCGGUGUGAACAUAUAUGUGUUAUCAUGUUUUUCUCUAGUCUAUCUUUCAUUUCGUGGCGGUAUCUAACUUGCAUUGGUCUGUGCUUGUGCUAUUUCCCUUUGGUUAUUCUACGUUUGGUUGCCUGCGUUGGUUCACCAUGAGUCAGGAGUCCCUCGGAGAGAACACCUCCCAUAAUAAAAUGGUGAGGUGACGUGUGACACUGCGUGCUGGCCUUUUUGGAUUCAUUUUUUUUCAGAUUCGAUUUCUCGCAACUACGCUACCUGUAACAGUGUGCUGCUAUGGGCAGCCUAUUUAAGUGCUAAAAAGGGCUCACGGAGAGGGUAGUAGGUUAUUGAUCAUCGACAAAGUCAAGUACCUUACUGGCUUAAUACAUGCCCUACAAGUUCUUCAUAAAUAUCAAACAGAUGAUUUGCAUCUCUAAUAAACAUAUCUACCCAAUCAAAGUAGGAAAUUACCCAGGAAUAGGAGUACUACUAAAUACUAAUCUGUAGACUAGCGUGCACUAAAGCAAUAGAUGUAGUAUUGCUAUUGUAAAGUACAAUAAUACUACGUAUUUUAGAUUUUAGAAUUUAGAUAAUUAUUGUUGGAGUAUAUUCUUAAUUUCUUAUCACUUUGCAGACUUAUAC